UGUUAUCGAUUCCUCAAUAUUCUCACACAGUGUUUCUCUCAUUGGCCAUCCAGGGAAAGGCCCUGAGAGAAGCAAAGGAGCGUAUUGCUCUUCAAGAAGACGUCUUAAGUCAGAAAGAUCGAACAAUUAAGAAUUUGCAUAAAAAGAUUCAAGAGCUGGAAUCUACCGAAGUAGGUAUGCUUCGGCGCUACCUUUUGACACUAAAGCACGUAGUAGUUGAAUUUGAGGCUACAAAAACUAUAUGACCUAAUUGCAGUAUCGGUGAAUGAAGGUUCUGCAGCUUGCACUGUAGCUGUAAUACACGGUAUUGAAGGAGAGAAGCAGACGAGGUCUUCGCCGCUAGAAGCUCCUCGCUGUGCUGUCCAGCAGCACCAACGCUUUCAGGAAGCAUCGGACAUGCCAAGGAACGGAUCGUUUCGGCAUCCAGGCGUUGGCAAAUCUGUUUCACCUAAAGCAGCUAGCGAGGUAGCGGCACUGCGACGCGAGCUGGAGAAGUCUGAGCUAACUCGGGAGUUACUACAGAAAACGUGCCGUGAGUCCGUGGAGAAAACUGUCUUGCUUACUCUACAGCAUCAGCAAGCCCUGCAGCAGAUGCACGUAUCCCUGCCGAGCCCUCGCAGUUACCCAGAGUACCAACCAGCCAUGUCACGACGGGCUGACCAUAGAAUUGGUGUAGAAAGAAUGAAUUGGCUCACCCAACAAAGCUCGUUGGAGAUGGCAAAUCGUAACCUGGAGGCAAGAUUAAAGGUAAAAUCUCAAGAGAUAGAAGCAGCGCAUAAUAUCUGCCAAAAAUCUCCACGCAUGAGUCAGGUGCUGCCUAUGGGCACCACGUGUUAAAAUCCUUAGAUUCAUGCUGGAAGCUCAGUCGGAUAGUGUUGACAUAUUAGAAUAAGUUUGACUUGUUGGUAAAUGAGGAUAAUUAUUGCAAUCCGAAAAGGCCACUUCUCCUCACAAAAUCUCAUCGGAAAGAAUAAUGUCACACAAGAAUGAGCGAAGAUCUGGUUCCAUGGGAAAAUAGGAAACCUGGGUUGCUCUUCAGAGAAUCUCUUGUAUCUUCGGUGAGAAGCAUUAUAAGUGAUGUUUGCAGAUUCUAAACCUGAAAAGUAAGGUGACAGAAAUGGAGGCACUUCAGGAACAGAAAGAGAGGGAGUGGCAGCAGAUGCUUGAAGAAACUAAGAAGGCAAGCAGCAUGGAACAGGAAUGCGCAGAGUAAAGAUGGCGAGAAGCACUGGAUGCCAAGAGUAUGGAGAUUGAGAAACUACGACUUG